AUGAGACUUUACAGGAUCUCAGUAGAUUUGAAAUUAUCACGCUUGGACUGCAACUGUGUCGAUCCAAGUUUUGUCACACGAGAUGAUAUUCACACGUUCUAUGCCAUCAAUAACAGUCAACCAUCGGCUUGUGAUAUGACACUCACAAGAUCGUUCGAAUGCGUCAGAAAGUCUCUGACGAAUUCCACAAACAGUGGCUUCUGCGAGAAACAGUGCCCGCAAUCAUGCCACGAACAAGGCUAUGUAUCACGCGUCACCACAUCUUUAUGGCCACGUACGAGUUACUACGAUCAUAUCAAGGAACUUUGGAAGCAGCAGCUUCCCUCAAUGGAAACAAUGCUCGAAGCACGAGAAGCUCGAACAAAUCUAGCUAAACUUGAAGUAUACUAUGAGGAACUGAAUUACGAGUCAGUUGUUGAAUCACCAUCGCAGGAUGUCUGGGAUUUGCUAUCCAAUAUUGGUGGCACUUUGGGCCUCUACAUCGGAAUGUCUUUUCUUACUCUUGGUGAAUUCGCCGAGCUAUUUGUGAAAUGUCUCGCACUUCCAGCACAAAAAGGGUUGCAACAAUUGGGCGCAUCUGUGGAUCGCCUGUAA